AUGUAUCCUUCUAACUCGUCGUCCCUCAGCUCACAAAUUGAGCCAGAAAUUAUUCUAGGCAGUGAGUACAACGACUGGGUUCUAACUUCUCCAAUAAAUUCCGGCAGUUUUGGUCACGUCUAUAUUUGUCAAAACAAGUUAGACCCGACCAAAACAGCGGCCAUCAAAAUCUUUCAUUCCCCUUCAAAUGGUGAAGCUGAAGUGUCUAUUUUAGAAAGGUUCAACCACGCCGCCGGUGUCAUUAAUAUGAUCGAUUAUGGUGACAGUCGAUUAGGGUAUUAUAUAGUGAUGGACCUUCAAGGAAUUGACUUAUCAACAUUCACAAGAAAACUUCCAACACACCGUCUUACUGUCGGAUCAACUUACAGAGUUUUUCUACGAAUCAUGAAGAUCCUCCAAUUGAUUCACAACGAAGGGAUCGUUCAUGGCGACAUCAAACCAGCAAAUUUCGUGAUCAAAGACUCAAGUGAUAUCGUGUUGAUUGAUUUUGGACUGGCAGAGACUAUCACUGAUGUCUAUGGCAACACUAGAAGAACAAAGGGGUGCGGGUUUCGAGGAACACCAAGAUACGCCGCGCCAAAUGUCCACCUCGGAAACGCCCCGACACAAGGCGACGACACAAUUUCCGCUUUUUAUAUCUUUUUCGAGAAUUUCUGUGGGAAAUUGGAUUGGGACGGUCUUGAGGAUGAACGCGAGAUAUAUAGAAAGAAGGUCGAGUUCAGAGAUAAAACCGUCUACGACAUCGACAACCUUCGGAUGGACGAGAUAGACACAUUCCUCCAAAUCAGUGCUCGAGACCCUAAGUAUACUAAUAUACUUAAAACGUUUACAAAGACGAUAGUUGAAAGGAACAUGUCGCUGUCGCCUUUGUUUGAUAAAGAGGAAAUCGAGACACUCCCUACAAAGAACGAGAAUUGUUACUACGGAACAGCACCAUUCACGCCACUCAACGGCGUGAGUAAGACAGACAAAACCACAAAAUCAAAAGGAGAGGAUUCCACAAAGGGAUAUCUCGACGAACUCUUCAAAACGAUGAAAAAGGUAUCAUUGCCAAAACUCCCGAAAUUUAAGGAUGUUAUUGGGAAGGCAAUAGACAACAUCCCAUUCCUAUAA